UUUUCGGUGGGAUGGAAAGUAACCUACGAAAAAUUCCGAUGUAAUCGAAGUUGCUGAUAUUACAAGUAAUGAAAAAUGUCCAUUGAAAGAAUAGAAUAUCAGGGCGCUUUCAGAGAAUUCGCAUCGAAUUCCAGUUUGACUGGAUUUUCUCACCUGAAAUCCAACCAUUGGGCCGAAAGGUAUAUUUGGUACUUUAUUCACCUAUUAAGUUUGAGCAUCACAAUCUACCUGAUCAUAUUCGGCUGGAACAAUUUCAUGACCAAUCCCACGGUGAUCACCGUUGAAUCGAUCGGCAGCCGCCACGUGGAUAUAAAACUGCCCAGCAUAUCGAUAUGCAACAUCCAUAAAAUUAGCAAAAAAAAGGCUGAACGUUACGCGCAAUACUUGUCUUCGAAAUCGGGGGUUCCCAUAGAUGAGGUGCUAAAGAACAUAUCGCUUCUGGGUUACCUUUACGAAUACAAUUUACCAUCAAAGUUAGAUGGAAUCGUGGAAUUUCAGACGUUCUUGGAGAAAUACGAUUCGUCAAAAUCAGGAUAUUUUAACACUUCAGAGAGACUGUACCAAUUGCAGCCUGCUUGUGAGGAAGUAGUGAAAGAUUGCGAAUGGCAGGGUUUAAAUAGAUCUUGUAGCGACAUAUUCAUCACAGAUUUUACUACAGAAGGCUUGUGUUGCGUGUUCAAUUACGUCUCUUCAAAGAACAACGAGAGAUUAUCACCAAUCGUAGUGCAAAACAAUUACAAACCGAUACCGUUUCGAGCGAACGAUGUGAUGAAAUUUACAAUUAUGUCCAACGAAUCGGAUAUUUUCUUCACCUCCUUAAGCACCGCGGCGCCUGUGAAAAUUUUAGUAUCGCACCCAAAAAAUUUUCCCGACGUACCCUCGGGUGAAACGAGCGAGAGGAUCAUCGACAAAAGCAAAGAAAUUUCGCUGAGAAUAUCACCGAUUGUCACCAAGACGACUCCCGAAGUCAGAAAAUAUUCCAUAGAUAAGAGAAAUUGCUGGUUCAGCGACGAAGUGGAAACGAUGCUGGGCAGCUAUAGUUUCAGCAACUGCAUAAUGGAAUGCAAAAUCAGGAGCAUCGUGGCGUUGUGUCAAUGCAUACCGUACAAUUACGUUAACGUAUUCGAGGGCGGUAGAAGUCGUUACUUCCAAUGUACGCUGGCUGAUUUGACGUGCCUCAAUUCCUUUUCAAAUAAGUGGAGGACGAUAUAUCCGGUGAAUUACCAAGGAUUUGGAUUGGAAAGGGAGAAGCAGGAUUCCAUACGGUGCGUGGAAUGUAUUCCAUCGUGUUCCGAUACUCAGUAUCAUGUAAUGUACGAGGGUGCUGAUAUAAUCAUUAACGGCACUAAAACAAAUUUUAGUAUAGUUCGUAUACUGCAAGAAAAAUCGAUAGGAGUUUACAACAAGCAGGACGCGUUUUAUUACUGGUACGAUAUGUUAAGUAUGUUUGGCGGUUUGUGUAGCAUAACUAUGGGCAUCAGUUUCAUAUCGAUAUUCGAAAUUAUCUAUUACUUCAUUUGGGUCGCGAUAAAAAAGAAAAUCGAGAAUACAAAAAAUCAAUAAACCAGCAUAAAAUGCGCUACUAGUAGUCCACUUGG